AAGUUUCAAACCUCCAAUUCUUUAUCCCGUUCCCUCUUUGACAGACACCGGAUCAACACCCAUAUAAUUGGUCGCAAGAGAAACCCAAUACGGAAUCGGACGAUGGAUGCACAUGCGCUGCUCUCCUCCCAAGGCUGGCGAGGCACCGGUCACUCCCUACAUAAAACCGACGACUCGAUCGGACUUGCGAAACCUCUGCUGCUGAAUCGCAAAGACAAUACUCGAGGACUGGGUCAGAAGCAACAUUUCACUAGCGACCAAUGGUGGAUGAACGCAUUUGAUGAGCAACUCAAGGGUAUCGAUACCUCCAAGGAGGGAAAAGUGGUUCAGACUGUCACAACUGGCAAGCUGAACGCCCUCGAAAAGAAUCUCGGCAAAUACUCCGUAUACACGACCUUCGUACGAGGCGGAUUCCUCGAAGGAACAAUAGAUAAGCUCACAAUCAACGACUCGAGCACGGAGUCAUCCGAAACCGAAUCCAGUGACCAGCAAGAAGGCGACAAGUUUGACAAGGACAAGCCUCGGAAAGAGACCAAGGAGGAGAAGAAAGUCCGAAAAGAAGCAAAGAGGAAGCGGAAGGAAGCGCGGGCCGCGAGAAGGGCCGAGAAAGCAGCGCGCCGAGAGCUCAAGUCCAAGUCGAAAAAGUCUUCCAAAUCCUCCAAGUCCUCAGCAGAAUCAAGCGACGCAGACGAGGAGAAAAAACGGCGGCGCGCAAAGAAAGAAGAGAAGAGGAGGCAAAGAGCUAAAGAGGCCGGGAAAUAGAACAUAGAGGGACAUGGAAAAUCGGAGUUUGAAGGCAUAUACAGCGAAAGCAUAUUCACGGAGUUGAGGUUAAUGGAAAUUUUGGAUGAUACCCCAUAGAUGUAUAUUUACGUCUGUUUUGGAAUCUUCCCAGGCUUGUUGGAAAGGAGCCACGGUCUUUGGUUCCAGAAAUCGUCCUUGAUGAUGUCCAAGUGUUCCACCA